UGAAAAAACACGGCCUCCCACCUUUCUGGCUCUUUUGCCUCGUUCUAUUUUUUGUCUUCUCUUUGUGUUGCAGAUUCUUCUUUUCCUUUUGCUUCAUCUGAUUUCCUCUGCUGCUAAUAGCAUUGCAUCUUUUCUUUUACUGCCUUGACGGUCUUUUUUGUAAAAGCGUUGAAGCUCGCAUCUUGUUGCGCAUCACACAACGCCGCCCCUCCAUCCACCACGUCUUCUCUGCCCUGCUAGAGACAAGAACAACACCACCACCAAAAGCAACACUAUAUAUACGCACACAUUCACACGCAUUUCAUACACCCUCGCCGUCUGGUGCCUGUGUCUGUUGUCGUAAGCUCUCACACGGUCCUAAAGGCCAUGGCCCUAACAAAGCAGGCGUACUACCGAAACCCUGAUGACUUUCCCACCCUCCAACUCUUCCUCCUCGCCAUUGUGCGACUAGCUGAACCCAUUGCUCUCACAUCCAUCUACCCCUACGCCUGGGCUCUCGUCAAGAAGUUUGGAAUUGGUACCGAGCAAGAUGCAUCCUUCUACUCGGGUCUCCUCAUCUCCUCCUUCUCACUGGCCGAGGCCUUGAUGGGUAUGUACUGGGGAGGGCUUUCAGAUCGUAUUGGCCGAAAGCCUGUUCUCAUGAUUGGUUGCGUCGGCACCAUGUUCAGCAUGGUUAUGGUCGGCUUCGCCUCCAACAUUUGGAUCGCUCUACUUGGCCGUGCCAUUGGUGGUUUCCUCAACGGCAACAUUGGUGUUAUCCAGACCAUGGUUGGCGAACUCGUCACUAAGCAAGAACAUGAACCACGUGCAUUUGCUGUCAUGCCAUUCGUAUGGAGCAUUGGCACCAUCAUUGGUCCUUGUAUUGGUGGAACAUUUGCUGAUCCACACUCCGCAUGGCCUGAAAUCUUUCCCAAGGGCAGCAUCUUUGAUCGCUACCCGUACCUCCUACCUAACCUGAUGUGCUCCUUUCUCAUGCUCGUCAGUAUUGUGCUGGGUCUCGUCCUCCUUGACGAGACGCACCCUGACAUGCAACCCCGUUCCAAUCUCCCUGCAGACACAUACGUCUCGGAGGAAACCCCUCUAAUGGAGACGUCCGACGCAAUCAAGCGCCCUGCUGUCGACCUGCGUGCCGAAACGUAUGGAACGAUUCGCGAACUAAACGAUGAUUGUGAGCAUGAAUGGCGCUAUGAGACUCCUCGUGAAGAAAAGUCUCUUUUCCUAGCCAAUGUAUGGAACAAGCGUGUCGUGGGAUUCAUCAUUGCCCUGUCCAUCUUCACAUACCACUCCAUGACGUACGACCACCUGAUGCCCAUCUUCUUCGAAGACCGUCGCGUAUCUCCCACAUCCAUUCUCCAACUCAGCAGCCCACCCUUGCUAUACUCGCCUGGCGGCCUUGGCCUUUCACUACGUGAUGUUGGUAUGAUCAUGGCUGUCAAUGGCGUCAUCGCCCUUGUUAUCCAGGCCGUGGUCUUCCCCAUUGCAGCAGAGAGAGUUGGCGUUUACAAACUCUUCCUCAUUGUCACGGUACUGCAUCCCAUUGUGUACGCCAUUGUACCUUUUCUUCUCUACGUCCCCGAAUCCCUCAUCUUCCCGGCCAUUUACGUCUGCUUGGCCGUACGAAACACCCUAUCUAUUAUCCUCUACCCGCUUCUUCUUAUCCUCAUUAAGGAAGCUACUCCUUCCAGCAGCGCUCUCGGAAAGAUCAAUGGUCUUGCCGCCAGCGCUGGUGCCGCAUGCCGUAUGAUUGCUCCCCCAAUCGCCGGUUACCUCUACAUGUUUGGCAGCAAGCACAACUUCACUGCUCUCGCCUGGUAUGGAAGUGCUGUGGUCGCCGUUGUAGGCUCCAUCCAAUGCUUCAUGGUACCCAGAGCCCACAACGAAUGCUUUGAGGAAGACUCUAUGGACUCGUCCUCUGAAGUGUCAGAGGAAGACCUGGAGUAAGUUUCUCUACUUUCCCUUGUCCGCUUUGCAGAGCAACACCAUUUUCUCGUGGCUUUAUCUCUGCAUCCCCCUUAAUUGUGAAAGUAGAGCCUGACGAUGCAGGCUCUACCCUAAACGCUUUUGAUAACUUUGAACAGAUUUGACGACUUGCCAAUGUGUGUUGGUACGUUGGAGAGUCUCAUUCCAUGAUGAUUUAAUGUUUGUGUUGCAUUUUUGGCACGGCGUCUAUUGUUUGGCGCAUACUAACGGUCCAUAUUAUUGCAUAAUCUUGUUUUUUGUUCUUUUUUUUUUGUUUCUUUUGGAUAUGGCGCGGGCGUUGGUUGAGCCCGAAAAAGUUGUACUUUAUCAUAGAUUAUUGCCGUAGCUUCUUGGGCGCUUUUGUCCACUCCUCGAAGAAUAAACGAGGCUUAGGAUAAAUUAGCUUAGUUGAAAUGGAAUGAGCGGGAUUCUUUCUUACUUUUUUCCAAAAAUAAAACAAAAUAUUUUAAUCUUGCAGGUUCAAACCGCUGG